AUGAGAACGAUAAUUUUUCAAUUAGCAAAUUACAACUUAUUUAUAAACAUUCAUCAAUUAAUGUUUGAAACUUCAUCAACGUUGUUUAAAGAUUUGCUUCCAACAAAUAAAAAGAUAAUUUCCUCAUCAACUAACACAAAUAUACAAAUCUUUAAAAAUAGCAAAUUAAAUCAAAAUAUUAACUAUUUAAAUGAUAAUAUUAAUCUUUUUGAUGAAACAAAUGAAAAUAUCUCAAAUGAUUUAAGAAACAUAACUAGAAACUAUCUUGGUAACGGAAUAAUUCUACUCAUAUUAAUUUUAUUUUGUAGAGUUGAUGUGGGGAGUUUAAUAAAUUAA